AUCGCCGAGCAUUUUUUUUUAUAGCUGGAUCCAACAGCUUCCGAGCCUGCAAAUCUGCAUAAAUAUUUAUGCCCGUUCGGACAGUUUCAGUGUCCAGCAUCUCACGAAGUCUCAUCGGCUUACUGCAUCUCUUCUCCGGUGCUAGCAAGCUAGCUAGCUAGCUCCCUCUCUUCCUCCUGCUCGCGCUUGCUGUGCCCCAUGGCCAGCCUCGUGCACCAGGUGUCCAUGCCGGCGAGGGCGAUGGCGGCGUGCGACGAGGAGCUGGUCCCGCAGGGCUUCAGCUGCUUCGGCCGCUCGCUGUCGCGGGCGUCGUCGUCGAGCCGGCUGGAGUACAGGGCGCUGCAGCCGGAGCAGGGCGAGGAGAGGCGAGCCGCGCAGGACGCGCGGUCGGCGCGCGCCAAGCUGCGGUGGAAGGCCGUGGCGCACGAGAUCAUGGCCAAGGGCGGCGGCGGCGGCGGCGGCGCGCGGCGGAGGAGGCAGCAGCAGCUGGCGGCGUUCAGCUACGACUCCCGGAGCUACGCGCUCAACUUCGACCAGGGCGCCGCCGAGUAGCAGCGUGCUUGCACGCCGCCGUCCGACCCGGCGUGCGGAUCCGAGCGAUGGCGUGGGCGUGGGCGCGUGCACGGCGAGCCGGCGCUGAUGCCAGUAUAACGGGUCGCGUGUGCGGCGCCGGGAAGGGCAUGGAUGUCCUCUCCGGUGCUGCUCUAUACGCGAUCGUGGCAUCGUGCUGGGGUGGGUCAGGCGGUGCCGUGGCGCUGCGCAAAGGCGGAGGGCGACAUGCCGCCGCAGACCGGCACAGUUCUCCGCGUUCCUCCUCCUCUGGUGCUUAAUGUUUCUACAGCGUUGAGAAAUGCACUGGGAGAAAUAGCUACUGCUGAAACUCUUCGAAAAGUUGCUGCCUUAAUCAAGUUGGGUAAUUUACCCAACAUAAUUCUAUGUGCUGGACCACUUGACUGCUACUGCACCACUACCGUUUCGCAAGUGUACCAGCAGCGUCCUUGUUUAUCCAGCUAGCACUAGGCGGCGUCAUGGAAUUCUUGGCCGGCUUUGACCAGAACACGUUCCGAGUCUCAGACCGCAUCUGAAACAUUGCAGCAGAUGGCAUCUCGAUCCAUCGACUCGA